AUUUUAAAUUUAUCACCCCGCCCUUUAAUAUCACUACCUAGGUUAGAGGGAACGACCCGCUCCUUAUGUAGCUAGCUAGCUACGUUAUGACGGCAGUGCGUCAGCAGUUGCUGUGGCAGCAGGUAACGUUAGCCAGUCUGCUAACUUCUGUCUCGAAACUGACCUUCGUUAACGUUACUCAACCAGUUACUUUUCUGAAAAGACGUAGAUCAACAAACCAGAAAUGAGUUCGCAAAUCCGACAAAACUUUCACCAGGACUGCGAGGCUGCCAUUAACAGACAGAUAAAUCUGGAGCUCUAUGCCUCUUAUGUUUAUCUCUCUAUGGCAUACUAUUUUGAUAGGGAUGAUAAAUCUCUAUCAAAUUUUGUAAAGUUCUUUCAUGCACAGUCCAAAGAGGAGCACGAACAUGCAGAGAAGUUGAUGAGUCUGCAGAACAAGCGGGGAGGCCGAAUUUUUCUGCAGGACAUCAGGAAACCUGAUAGAGAUGAGUGGGGGAGCAGCCGGGAGGCUUUGGAGUGUUGCUUGCAGCUGGAGAAAAGUGUAAACCAAUCCCUGCUGGACCUGCAGAAAAUGGCGACUGAACACAAUGAUCCCCAUUUGUGUGACUUCAUAGAAACACAUUUUCUGGAUGAGCAGGUCAAAUCUAUCAAACAGCUCGCUGACUGGAUAUCCAACCUGCGUCAGAUGGGAGCCCCUCAGAGCGCCAUGGCUGAGUACCUCUUUGACAAACACACCAUGGCUGACCAAGGCAGUUAAAAUACACUUUGACACUGAUGAUCAUCCUGGUCAAUGCUGCAUGCCACCCUGUCCCUGCAUGGAAUAGAGAUAAGGCUGCUUAUUUUAUGUUUGUUAGCUGACAAUCAACUGCAAAAUUUGCAAAAAGGCAUAGAUGGCUCUCUAAACUGGACUACUGCAGACCUCACUUCAUGUUACACACCAGAUUACAAUAGAUCUAAUGUUGAUGUUUUAUAGAAUUAAUGACUGUGAAAACAUUAAUACAUGCCAGUUAUAUGUUCAUACUUCCUGAUAUUUUACUGAUUGUUUCUGUGUUUUUGGAGUUUACAAAGUGUG